AUGGAAUCAACUCUGGAUAUCAUGCUUCGUAUAGAGCUCUACGAUUUUACCCCGACAUACGGUGUGUAUGAAUGCAUUACUUCCAAAACCAGGCGGCGUAACUCGCUUGUUGCAAUAGAUUUGGAACCACUUACACCCACUCACGCCGUCGACGAAGAGGCCGAGGCCGAGGACCGCACCCAACAGACGCCAUUGCUCAAAAAUCCUGAGGAUCGCACAAAUUUGAAUACGAUGUCCACCAAACUCAAGAUUCCUACGUUUUCUCCAUCUACACAACUCGCAAAACGAAUGAUGGACCUGAUAGCGAUACCACACACCAGCAGCGUUAAGCACUUCGAUACCGUGAGCUCGUCCAAAUCACGCAACAACCCCCCCGUUCUUGCGAGGCAGUCUAACUCGAAACUUGUUGUACAAAAUUUGGAACCAUCUACACCCAUUCACGCAGUCGACGACGAGGUCGAGGUCGAGGAUUGCACCCAACAAACGCGAUUUUCCCAAAAUCCUGUGGACCUGAACAUAAUGUCCACCACAUUCCAGAUUCCAACGAUUCUUUCCACGGCACGACUCCCAGAGCGAGCGAUACCAGACACCAGCGAUGUUGAAGAUUAUUCACUGGCUAACGUGGAUCCGGUGUCAUAUAAUUACAAAGGCCGGGAACAUCGCAGUUAUACAGAAUACCUCGACACCGUCCGCUCCGAAUCAUGGAAAUUGAAAGCGCUCAACAGUCGUCCGCGGGAUGCAUAUAUUUAUGAUUCAAACAUAUCUGAAUAUUCGACCUGCCUUUAUCCCUCUCAACAAAUCAGUGACGAUCGGGUAUUCGAAAUUGAACCUAGUGCUAAUUUCUCCCCUAUUUUUGGAGAGAACGGAGGUCUAAUGGACGUUGUUCCUACGAUCACAUCUGAACAUUCAUCGUUCCUUUACACCUCUCAACAAUUCAAUAACAAUCAGUCACCUUGUGCUAAUUUCUCCCCGUUCUGGGGUGAGAACGGGAGUCAAGCGCACAUUGUACGUACGACCAUAUCUCAAUAUUCAUCGUCCCUAUACUCUCAACAAAGCAGUCACGAUCAAAUAUUCCAGUUUUCCAAUUGUCAUUGA